AUGGAAAAGACGGAUAGCCACUCCUGGUUACAGGCAUUAGGCCUCGAGCAACACGGCUCUAAGCAAAAUGUUAUCCUACGAUACCUCCAUGACAACCAGAUCUCGGUUGCCAUGUUUGUCUUCUUCGUGGUAAUGGCCAUCCGCUCUUUGGUCUCACGUCAAAGAGAUGCUGCAAAGACUGGUGCAAACAGGCACUAUCUCGAAGCCCCCAGUUUUCCAGAAAUCGAUGGACUGGAUAAAUUUGACUGGAAGACCGAGGACCCAAUAAAACUGAGGACGUUCAAGCCGAAGUACUAUUUGACCAUGGCCAUUCAAAAUCUUGAUCCAUCGGAACUACUCACUAUGGACCGCACGUAUGUCGAACGUAUUAAAUACAGAUCGAGGAUCAUUGCAGAGUCUAGCGACAUUUGCAUUCGCGUCCAUGACGACGCUCGAAUUCGACCUGCUGUGAUUGAGCUAUAUACGUACCUCCUAUCUCACUACCUUCCCAAGCGCUUUCCGCAGAUGUUCAAGCUGCAUUACGCAAGUUUCGAGACAGGCAAUCAGUUCAUGCUGGAGAACUUGGUUACAAAGCAGGUCUUCGCUACUGAACCUACCAACGUCACACCAACCGAGACACUGCUCAAAACAUUAGGCAUGACAGUCGAUGAAGAUUUCCUCUUUCUCUUAACCGAAGAGGGUGCGGAGUCUUCUGAUCCUAAGUACGUUUUUCAAGCUCUCGUCUGUAUCUGUCCUUCCGGCUGGGACCCUCGGGAGAAAAUCGGACAAAGCCUUGCUUCUAUUCAUGCUCCUGUGCCCGGCUACGCAGAUAAACUGGAAAGUAGCAUGGAUCGUUACUUCAAGAAUAUUGAGGUGGGUAAAUACGUUAAGCGCUCGAAUUGGGCGAUCACACAGCAUGAGGAGCUCUUCAUGCCCGAUCCCAACUCCAACCACGCCAAGCAGGAUGAACAAGUAGAAGCAGUGACCGAGAUUGAUCCAGAUAAGACAUUCUUACGCUGCGAGCGGCAGACAUUGCAUCGUCUGCCAAAAUCGAAAGCCUUGGUGUUUGCUUUCAAAACGUAUAUGGACACAAUGCGAGACAUCAAGCUCGAAGGACUAGGCGAUGACUUAGCUGAUGCUAUUGAUGGAUUGAGGACUGGCAACGUACCAGCCAUGAGUCACUAUAAACGAAGUCCAGUAUGGGGACAAGCGGUAAAGGAAUAUCUGAGGUCGUAG